UUUUUAAAAAGUUUGUUUACGCGAGUUGUUGUGUAUAAAAAGUUAUGAAGCAACAGACUAAUUCUGGAUGAUGGAAAUGAUGAUUAAAAAUUUACGUAUCAGUUUGAAUAGCUCGAUAGUUGUUACUGGUGUUACUAGCUUUCUCGUUCAGUCAUCACCGGCGCAAAUCUACCGCGAGAUAGAUUACGAGGUCGUGAUGCUGCCAAAAGAAAGAAGACAUCUGGUGUUGCUCUUUAAUGCGCACUUGUGUUUUAUUCUUGUAUUGGUGUGUCUGUUACAACACCACCGCAUCAUCAUCGUCGUCAUCAUUCUAAUAAUCAUAAUCGUCAAGAGCAUCAGCGUAAACUUUUACUGACUCUUACACUCUCGAUCAUUUUCUCAGCUUCCAAUUUUAUACAUGAGCAAUAAACCGCGCGAUCGCGAGAGAAUUAUAUUCAAAUUGAUCAGUCGUUACUCAACUCAGUUAUUGCCAGCUACCGAUUAAAAUCAUCUGAUUAUCAUGGAUAUUAUAUAUAUAUAUUUUUGUGAAAAAUAGUAUACUUGUAUUAUUAAAUAAAUAAUAAUAAUGUGCCGAUGGCCAUGGACACAUGAUGCACAGGAGAGAGCGGGAGAGAACGCGAACUACAAAAAAAAAUCAGAGUCAGAAUGACAUAAAAAAACUACGACGUGAAAACGAGCAGCUGAGACGUGAAAUUUGGUGUCUACGUGAAGAGUACGACAAACUAGAAGAAAUUGUCAAGAGCCAAAAGAACCUCGUCGACAGUGAUAAUAACGAGCACAGCGAGGAUAUAUCUACAUCAGGCACUGAAGAGUACGAAGAAGAGGAAGAGGAAGAGGAAGAGGAAGAAGAAGAUAUAGACAACGAAGACGGAGAGGAUGGGGACGAGAACUCGAGCAAAGAAAAAAAUAAACGAGUGAAUUCAAAGGAUGAUGUGAUUCAAGACGAACUUUUGGAGAAUGCUGAGAAUCAAAAAUUGUCCUCGGAGAAGACUAAUAGUCUGCAGCAGCAGCAACACCGUUUGCAUGUGGAUUUUGAUCAAUUAUCCGUAGUGACAGAAGAGGCAGAGGAGUCAACAAAAAAGGAUAAGGAGUAUAGAGAUGUAAAUGAGGCAGAAAUGCUUGAUAAAACGGCACGUGAAUCUGAUUCAAAUAAGCAGCACGAGGAGGAAAAAGACAGAUACUUAAAUCAACAUGCAUUCAACUGGAUAAUCAAUUCAGAGUGUCCUGUCACCCACUCGUCCUCGAGGAUAGAGCAACUCGUACUCCCUUGCUCUUCAACACGUAGCAUUGUAUCCAUGAGUAACAAUGAGAGUGGUCCGGCAUCACCUCCAUCAGCAUCAUUGCUGCCUCCUCCACCGCUACCACCACCACCAUUACCACCGGGGAUUGGCUGGCAGGGAAAGAUUUUUCAAGGAGACACGAGUAAUAUUCACACCACUACGACAGCGGAUCGACAGACCUGCGCAGAAUCAAUUGCAUCCACGCAGCAAUUGCGGGCGUCGUUUCAAUUGCCUUGGGACAACAGUAUAUCCUCCUCAUCCUCCUUCGUGUUUCCAGACACUCGUUCAUGCACGGAAUUUGUGACCACAGAGAUCACCAGCCCAACAACGACAAUAAUUGCGCCUUCCUCAAGCAGCGAGAAUACCAGCUCUACAGUUAUUCACAAGACAUCACCCGACAUUUACGUAUCGGGAGUUAUUGCGGCGAGUAGUCAACAACAUCAUCAUCAGUAUCAACAACAGCAACAGCAGCAACGCGGGUUCGGAAGCUCCGAGCAGCUAUUGAUUAGCAAUCCUCGUGACUCGUUUAAUAAAUCGUACUCAUGCCAGGAACUAAAUGACAAAACCUAUUCGUUUGAUGUAGCAAUGAAUCAAGGGCUCGAAGCCAAGAGUUUACCCGAUAACUCAAGUACCACCAGCCGAGGAGCCUUUAAGAGCCAGUUGAAAGUUCAAUUGUGUAAAAUAUCGCCGGAUUUACUGCCACCGGAAUUGGAAUUGCCGCCGAAGAUGUCACCGAUCGAUUGGACCCCGGGACAACCCUUUUAUCGGACUCUAGAGCCACUCGAUCGACGGGAACAACGUCUACUACGGCAAAUCCAACUCAACGAGUAUCAAGCAACCUCUUUUGAAAGUCCAACUCCCCGUACUUUGGCUCUUUCCAGCUCAAUACCCCUUCAAGCUUACCCGAAAACUUUACGGGCAGAGAGAAAACCCGUGUCAGUACCCACAGUAUCUAAUGUUGUUCCAGUCUGGACUAAUGCUCCUCAAAAUCUUACCAAAGUUGAUACACAAACUCAAACCAGAAGUCGUAGUUCGAGUCAGAGCUCCUCUAGUACAAGUCAGAGCCCAAGUUCCGGCGAAGCGGAAGCUCAUAAAGACUUACAGAAGUUAUCCAAGUCUAAAUGUAAGACCAAAAAGAACAAAAAGAGUCGGGUAAAAAAGACAGCUUCUAUUGUCUCCGAAGACAAACGUCGCUCGGAUGACAAACCCGAGCGCCGAUCAUCUUCUUUAGGUCAAGACUGCCAAAAAAAGUGUGCAAAAAACCCACGUAAUUCUCAAAACAAAUCGAGACUAUCAACAAAAAGCCAAAGCCUGGCUCACGAACCAGCUGAAUUUAUUCCAAGAGAUCGAACAAUAUCAGGAAUCAGCCCGGAAGCGGAAAAGCAGCGGAAGACAAGCGAUGCCAGCGAUAAAGUGCCUUGGUGUGCGUGCUGGGGGAACGGGUGCCUUUGAUCGUGUCCCGAGUUUAUAUCAGUCAAACUUUUAUCUAUCAUACUCUUUUUUAGCGACACUAAUUAAAAUAAUUCACAAAAUGCCGAUCGAUACCUCGGCACGACAAGCGCGCGCUUGUACAAAGCGGUGACUCUCUUACUCUUAUUCUCUGUACACCUCGCAAGCUAUUCCGGCAACCUCGCCAGGGUCUCUCUGGCUGUAGACUCUAGAGCCUACUACCGACGACCGGUGGAUGCCAUGUGCAGACCACGACCCCAACACCGAGUGUCGUUGACACGCGUUGACUCGUGCGAUCUCGACCGCGUCGGGUGUUGACUAUUUUCGUGACAAACGCUACAUCUACUCCAAAAAAAAAAAUAUAUAUUUAUAUAUAUAUCCAAGUAAAACAGGCAAGAAAGUCUAUAUGUAUCGUAUUUAUAAAUUUACAAAUUUUUUAAUUGUAAAUAUGUCUCAUUGUUAAUAUUAAAAUAAUUAACUGUUGUCAGAUUGUUUAUUUUUAAUUUUCUAUGACAGCAAUAGCACAUGCCAGCAAUAGUAACAAUAAUAAACCUAACGUCAUUGUAUUGACAAGUUCAAUGAAUUGAAAGUGUGUCGUUCGAUAUCGCAAAAAUAUUUACUCGGCACGUGAAUACGUAUACGUACCUAUUGACGUGGUGGCAAACAGGCAGAGCGAAACAAUGCUGCAAGAAAUCCAAUAUCUCCGGCUGUUCAUUUUUGUUCCCAAG